AUGGCUUUGGAACCCAUCAAUUGUACCACCCACUCGAGGGAAAUCGAGGAACAGUAUUUGAAAAUCGUCAGAGGCAGCGACGCAGAUACCACAUGGUUGAUUAUUUCACCAAACUCGAAGAAGGAAUAUUUCCCUGAAAGCACCGGUGCAGACUUUGCCGAAUUCUUGCAAUCAUUCGAUGAGACAAAGGUCCAAUUUGGGCUUGCUCGUGUCUCACCACCCGGUUCAGACGUUGAGAAAUUGAUCCUGGUCGGUUGGUGUCCUGAUUCGGCACCAAUGAAACCAAGAGCUUCAUUUGCCUCUAAUUUCGCAACUGUGGCUAAUCAAGUCUUGAAGGGGUACCAUAUUCAAGUUACCGCUAGAGAUGAAGAUGAUUUGGAUGAAGAUGAACUUUUGUCCAGAGUCUCCAAUGCAUCCGGUGCUCGUUAUUCCAUUCAAACUUCCUCAGGUGCCAAUGCUAAACCAAAACCAAAGCAACACACUAUACCAAAGAAGCAGACUCCACCACCAUCAAAACCAGCGGUUCAUGAAAAACCAAUCGUGGAAAAGUUUGAAAGAGCCGCCAAGCAAAAUAGCAAUGAAGAUGAUUGGGAUGAACCAGAAGUGGAAGAACGUGAUUUUGACAAGCAACCAUUGAAACCAAAUCAAUCCACUUAUAAACCUGUCGGUAAGAUUGAUUUACAAAAAGUCAUUCAAGAAGAGAACGCUAAGGAGGAUCCACGUCUGGUUCACUCCGUUGCUAACGGUAAGAUAGAUCCUAAAUCUGAUAUAGCUAAUUUGAAAGAACAAUCAAAAUUAAAGAGAGAUGCUGAAUUUAAUAAUUUCUUAGGAAAAUCGCCAUUACCAGUUAAUGAGUUUAAGAAGGAUGAUGAUAAAGUCAUCAAAGGGUUCAAGACUGAAAAGACACCUGCACAAUUAUGGGCUGAAAAGAAAGCUGCUGCAAAUAAGAAUAAGGCACCUGUAGAACAAAACCGUGAAGAUGAUGAAAAACACGAUACUAACGAACAAGAUGAUGAGGACGAACAUGACGUUAGAGAUUUGAAAUCUAAAUUCGAAAGUAUGGCUACAACAACCGAUGAACCACAAAUCAUUCAUCCAAAACCAUUCUCCAAGCCAACUCCUGCCAGAGAGGAACAAGAAGUUGAACCACCAAAGAAGAAGGAUAUUAAACAAUUUGGUACUCCACUACCUGGAAUGCAUACUGAAGUAUCUGAAGAUGAACAACAAAAUGAUGAUAACGAUGAUGACUGGAGUGAUGAUGAGGAUCAGGGAAAUGCAAGGAAGCCAGCUCCAUUACCUGCAAGGAAUAUUCCUCCUGUAAGAGCUAACAAGGAAGAAGAAGAAGAAGAAAAAAAGAGAGCAUCUCCACCACCUCCAUCCUUACCUACAAGAAAUGAAGAACCGGAAGAAGAAGAGGAAGAGCCAACACCAUCCCUUCCAAAGAGAAACAAUAUAGCAAGAGCUGAACCAGAAGAAGAAGAAGAAGAGGAAGAAGAAGAAGAGGAAAAGGAAGAAGAACCAACUCCUUCUCUACCUUCUAGAAACACCGAGGCUGUCCCACCACCUCCACCAAGAAGAUCUGCUGAACCAGAAAAGAAGAAGGAGGAACCAUGGGCCAUUGCAGAAUAUGAUUAUGAAGCAGGUGAGGAUAACGAACUGACCUUUAGCGAAAAUGACAAGAUCAUAAAUAUUGAAUUUGUUGAUGACGAUUGGUGGUUAGGAGAACUGGAAAGUUCAGGUGAGAAGGGUUUAUUCCCAAGCAAUUAUGUCUCCCUAGGUAACUAG